AAUAAACCAAUGUUAAUGCCACGGCCUAAAGAGAAAUAAUGACAAAUAUGCUUUUGUAUAGUGUGCAGUUAAUUUUUUUUGUAAAAGUCUGUGGCAAAAUACUGUUUGUAGAAAUACGCAUUUUACAUUAAAAGUAUGUUGUUAAUAGAAAUUACAUGGCUAAAAUACUUUACUUUUUCAUAUUCAAAAGUAUGUGAUGCAAUUAAUACUUGAUAUUUAAUCAACGAUCGACUGAAUUGAAAAAAACCAACAAAAAAACCCCCCAGAAAACAAAACCCAAACAAUAGGUAUAUUUAACGAAUUCAGUUUUUGCAUCUUCAGUUUGUGACGCUGGUACAUUUGGAGAUGAUUGCAUCGAGUUCUGUCACUGUCAUGGUCAACCGUGUAACUAUGUAACUGGAGAGUGUAUGUAUGGAUGUAAACAGAACUGGACUGGAACCCAGUGUAAUGUUUGUGAUUCUGAUCACUAUGGCUCACUGUGCAGUGUUAGUUGCUCCAACAGACACUGUGAUCAGACUAACGGAAUAUCCAGGUGUGACAAAAUAACAGGGCGAUGUGACACUGGGUGUGAACCAGGCUGGACUGGACCAGAUUGUACAAAGAAAUGUCCAAAUGGUAGAUAUGGCAAAGGUUGUAAAACUUCCUGCGCAAGCAGACAUUGUCUUGAAAACUCGCCAUGUGAUCACUUGACCGGGGAAUUUGUCGUUGGCUGUGAUCGAGGAUAUGAGACACCUGACUGCACUACGAAAUCCGGAUACGGCGACGUCAGUCUUCAUCUCACUGGCACAGCUCCUGUCGUCCUUUCAAUCAUGUUGUUGUUGAUAACCUGGCUUGCUUCCGACCUGUCACCGUAUGCUGAGUCACGUUAG